AUCGUUUUAGUUGCAAGUCAACCUCGCUCCUGACAGGCUGGCAGGCCAAUCGAAACCGAAACCGUGCCCAAAAACCAAUUGCCAUAGCAGCCAUCCUGGCGUGACAAUAGCGCAAAAACGGAGAAUUCAUAAACAUUCACCUGCCAUUCACAUAGCAUAUAUAUGUACAUUCAUACACAUCUAUCGCUGCUGCUGCUAUAGUGCUGCCUUUACCUUGACUUGUGUGUCACAUGUAAAUAGGAAUUUAACUCGAUUUUUAUUACAUUAGCCUGGCUCCGUGAUAGUUACUAUUUCGGUUGCUUCCUUCAGUCGCUGGUGAAUCGCAGACAUGGCGGAUGAAGAAGCGGGCAAGGAGGGCGAGAAGAAAAUCGUUCAUGUCUAUCCUUUGGUGAAGCAUUCGGACAUGAACGAGGAGAUGCGGAUAGAGGCCAUUGAACUGUCCAUCACCGCCUGCGAGAAAUACUCAUCUAACUAUGAGCACGCUGCCAAAAUCAUCAAGGAAAACAUGGACAAGAAGUUCGGCAUCUAUUGGCAUGUGGUCGUGGGCGAGGGAUUCGGCUUCGAGGUCUCCUACGAGACGGAGAACAUCCUGUACCUGUUCUUCGCCGGCAACCUGGCCAUCGUGCUGUGGAAGUGCUCCUGAAUGCGGGUCAGCAGUCAAUCGAACGUACCUAGAAACCGGAACAGAAACCAAAACCGAACCAAACACAAAUUUAGCAUUAACUUUAGUCAUACAUACAGCAGAACACUUACCAUUAACAAAUGUUUGUGAAUACAAAGCCUUAACGUCGGUGACGGCGAAGCAAUGAA